UCCACCUCAAAUAAAGCAUCUUUGUGGAUUACAAGUGUCUGGAGAUUAAAGACAAAGACGGGCCAUUUCAGUAACAAUCCGGGACUGCAGGUUGAGCUGUCAAAAUCAGGACUGCAACGCGGAAAACGGGACAGUUGGGAGAAAUCAGAUCAAUCAAUGAAGCUUAAAAGCCUGAGAUGGUAUCUCCCUCCCCACGAGCUAUCAAAGCUGGGAGUGUACGAUCUGACAGGCAGCUACUUUCACUUUCUCUUUCAGGCAGCAGAAGCACAAUCUGUUUUUUAAUUUCACAUAGCUGUGAGAGGAGCAGAAGCCGGGCAGUGUCUGACUUGGAUUUGCCUCGUGGGGUGCCUGAGACACACAGAUACAUUGCAGCAACUCCGUAACUCUAUUCUCGUGAGCCCUACAGCAACAGCAGCCUAUCUCAGCCUUUCACUUGCAGACUCCUACAGGCACUACAGUUAAAUUGGCGUACACCUCCAGGCUUGUCCAAAUACCCCAUUAGCUGCAGGUCUGAGUACUCGUGCAACGCCCAUGUGCUGUCUGACCUUAACCCCAGGCUGGGGAAUUCCUGCUGGGUAGGUGAGUGGGCUUCAUGCUGCAGCAGCCUGCCUUUAAAUAAGCCUCAUCUGCAGAAACUGCAACUUCUAUCAGCUGAUGCCCUGGAGUAGAUCCCCAACAGAAAGGAUUGUGAUGUGACUAUAGGAACCCUGUGGAUGUCGCCCUAGUGGGUUUUAAAAGCUUUCUGAAAGAAUCACAAGGAGACUUCUGUAGCGUUGGAGAGAGAAACGGGGGAAUCCUGGGACUCAAUUGCAAGGGAAUUCAUCUCAGUUUAUCCCUCUAGGACAUAAAAUACUAUAAGGAUUGCAGGGAUUGCAGGGAGCCAGUAAGGAGCAACGGAAAGUUGUGACUCUUUGACACAGACGUUCUGUUCUUCAACAAUGAGGAGAUGAAUUUUUGCCAUGGGGCGCACUGCAUGAUUUGGGGUACGUGCUACAUGACACGGGGACCUGCUCUCGUGCUUCUAUUACUCUUGUUCCUCAACAAACCCUGUCUGGGAUGUAACUUCAACUAUAGUCCACUAAGUUCUACGUUUGAAGUCAAGAUUGCGGAACUGUUAAAGUACCUUCCUCGGGACUACACAGUUUCUGUGAUUUCCAAUCUUAAACCAGAUGCCCAUUGCUCUGAUCUGUGGAUGAUCUAUUUCAUAAGGAAGGAACUGGUGAGAAUAGAGGGUCUCUCUGGGGAAAAGUUGAAGGAGCAAGUAAUGUUUGUGCGGAGAGAGGUGGAAUUUAUUAACACAGAAUGUCAUUUUAAUGUCUCAGAAGACUGCAGAAUGGAGAAAAAGAAUGUCACUGACUUCUUGAACAUGAUGUCUUUGACUAUGAACUUCAUGAGGACUAAUAACAAAAUUAAAAACGACUUCUCCAACUGCACCAGGAUCUUCUGUGAAAAAGGUGCCUCUGUUAAUGAUACAACACAGCAACGAAAACAUGGUGCUACCUUUGAUUACCCGAAAGAUGAACCGACCGGGGAAGGUCAUAACUCCAGGGAUCAUACCCUUCCUAUCCUCACCUCCAUAGUUUCAGUCCUCAUACUCUGUAUAGUGUUAUUUGUAACAAAAAUGCUCUGCAAUAGAAACACCAGAAGACCAGAAGAUUUAGCAGAGAGGCAAGAGUGACAAAAGGUCCCCAUAGACGCAAAGAUUUCUCUUGCCGAACGACUGAUUUUAGCGAAGUCUGACCAAUACUUCGAAAUUAUCGUGCGGUUAGUGGGAUUUGAACGAUCGAACAUCUUACGAUUUUUCGGCCGACAUCUGUCAGGAAGUUGAUCGGCCAGGUGCAAUUGUCGGUCCCAGUGCAAUCUAUCUAUGUCUGCAGGGCCAAGCAGGCAGCUCCCCUUUGUUUUCCUGGCAAAUUGGUCUUUUUAGUUGAUGGACAAUUCACACGAUCGUUCCGAGAUAAUCGCAGUCUCACGAUGACCAUUGGAUCUUUUAAAAAUCGUAACAUCUAUGGCCAGCUUUAGGUUCUGGAUUAAUUGAAGAGGAACUAUCUGUAUCAUGGUCGACUUUCAAUCUAGUCAUGAUAUGAACAUAACUGUGGCCAGUGGUACUUUUUGGCAAGACUUGAGAUUGCAACAUGAUUUCAUAUCAUUAGGACUAAUUAAGGUCAGCGGACUUGUAAUGGUCAUUACAUAAUAACUGGUAUCUGAUCCUGAUGAGAAGAGUUAACUGAGACCCUGAUUUUAUAGGCAGACAUGCCUAUAGUAACGUUCUAGUGUUACCAUACUCCAACAGUAUUCUUUUAAUAAAAUAAUAAUAAUGAUGGCAA